GUCCAUGAUCAAAACUGCUUCAUCCAAAGAUAGAAUUUGUGUACUAUCACAGUAUUGAACAUUCGGUCAAUCCAGCUUAGCAUUGCAACACAAAAUACCUAAGAUGGCAUUAUAUGGCGAUGGAAUAAUAGUUCUCACAGCUAAAUUGGAAGGAGGACGCUGUAGGGGAGAUGAAUUCAGAAUCAUGGGGUCCAGUGAAGUUGUAUAUAGAAUAAUCCAUGAAAUGCCUGUAGUCGGAUGUAGUUCCUGCAGCAAUAAAUCCCCCAAGGAAGAACCAGUUUAUGAAGGGACAGUGAAUGUUAAAUGCUAUAUGUGUGAAAAUAAAAAGUGCCAAAGAAAUGGGGUAGUUUUACUUCAAUAUGGGCUACCAAGCAUCUUACAUCGCCUUGGUUACCGAUUAGGAAGUACAAACACCCUGCCUAGCCUUCAUCAUGGAAAUCUAUACACUGAGAAAUGGCAAAAGAAUGAGUUCCAACAAUAGACCUUGAAAUAUUUCACCAGCACCAGGUCACUUUAAUACAACAGCUGAACAAGAAAUGGAUGAAAAACUAUAGUAGAGGUCUAUUGGAUGUAAUAUAGCUGGACAACUAGUGGCUUAUAAGUAUGUUAGACUGCAACAUUACUGCUUCACUGCAGCCACAACAUCAGCAAUAUGUGUAAUAUUAACUACAGGAAUAAUAUUAACUAUAGAAAAAAAUAUCAGUUGCCUUAAAAAUGGUAGCCUA